AUGCCGGCUGACUGGCCUGCAGCGAUUGUGAAAGCCCCAGUUUUGCACGUGAAGGCUCAGCGGCCCUUGGCCUCUCGCAGGUCUCAAGGUUCUGGGGAUCGUGGUGGGUUCCCUGCUCACCCUCUUGGUGGCGGCCGCUGUCAUCAAGAAGAAGGCCAUCGGAGUGAAGGCCACGGAGUGAUCGCGACGUGCAGGGACGCUACCGGAUGUCACGUGAUCGUGGAGGUGGAGGGCUGCAGCGAGCCAUCGGGAGUAAGCCAAGGAGGAGGCUCCUUGGAGGAGACAAGUGAAAGACAGCCACCGAAACGAAACAUCCAAGCCAUGCUCCGCCUGACCACGAUCACGGUUUUCGUUGCCUGUGGCAUCGCUUCUGGGUCGGAAUGCUUGGAGUGCGCUGGAGAUGAAACUCUUCUGGUGCAGUUGAAGGAGGUGCAUAGCCACCAAGUCGGCAAGAGCAACACCAGUGCAGCCGUGCAGGAGGUGGAGUUGGAAGGAUCCGAAAAUGAUCCUCCUCUGUACUGCAGGGACGCGGAGCCACAGUCACCUCGAGAAGUGAGCCCGGGGUUUGUGGGUGACAUGCGGGCGCGGUUCAAGCCGCUGGGUGGCGAUGCCAUCAGGGACUUCAUUCAGGUAAACCUCCAUUGGCACCUGGGCGCUGAGCACUACAGCAAGGGCGAGUACGACAUCCCUGUCGGAAAGCAUCUCCACUACCGUCAUGGUGUGCCGGAAUGGGAUGGCCAUCCCCUCGUGCCAGAGGGUACGCAGCCGGGUUUCUUCUGCAACCUCAGGUGCCCGGACUGCUACUUAUGGUCGCGCUGCGCGCGCCUACUGCUUCAACCACGACAUCUAUUGCCACUGUCUCUCUGCUGCUGCUGCUGCUGCUGCCGCUGCUGCUGCUGCCGCUGCUGCUGGUGCCGCUGCUGCUGCGGCUGCUGCGGCUGCUGCUGCGGCGGCCACAAGAAAGCAAAAUAG